CCUUGCUUUGGAAGGAGCACAAUUUGCCCCGCCCCUCAGCCAGAGCAGGAUGCCGAUUGGUCAGGGUUCAGUAAACCGCUAGGUAAGCCCCGCCCCCCGGGUGCCUGGCACACCAUUGGCUCUCCCUCUGGCCAAUCUCCACACCCUUCCUGAGCUCUCUAUUCCCUUAGCCCUUCCAACCCCGGGAGAUUUAAACUGGACUUCGGUAGCGAGUACUGCUCUUUAAGCCUUUUCAUAUGGAGAAUCUGCUUCCCCAGAAAGGAGGUAUGUGAAGAGUCUUUGUUCUCUGGGAUUGAGAUGGUGAGUGUGGGAGUCAGCACAGAGCCCUGCCACGCUAGGUGGGAGGUAGAGACAGAUGAAGUUGUUCUACAGCGGCGGCAAAAACAGAUAGAUUAUGGCAAGCGCACACCUGGUUACCAGUGUUUCCUGCAGCAGGUCCCCAAGGCAAAGCGACAGCCAGGACUUCACCCUCAAACACCAAAUAAGAACAGGAGGUACAGCCGUCGCUCGUGGGAUGCCCAAAUCAGGCAGUGGAGAAGAGCUCUACAUUCUUGGGACCCCCCCAGCCAGCCUCUGCAGGGCAGGGGGGCUGAGGGGCAGGGGAUGGAGCAUCUCUUAGAGCCAAUGGGUUCCACCCCUUUGGAUGACCUUUUGAAUGACUGGUUCCAGGCCCUAGAACCCUCAACGAAUCUGGAUGGAGACCAGAAGGGAGCCCAGUUUGCAGACUUGGUGGCUCCUGCCUACUCCCUUCCCUGGCUCUGUGAGGAAGAUCCCCACCACUGGUGCUACUUUGUAGCUGACAGUUACAUAUUUGUCCUAGACUUGAGUGGGGCACAAAAUAUUUAGAGAAAACAGACGUCUUUCAAGGGACUUGCU